GACGUGGCUCGAUUCUUCAACAGAACACCAAAGAGCUAACAUCCAAUGAAACUGUUGUUGUGUAUGUAGAGAGAGAGAGAGUGGAAGCGGGAAAUGGCGAUUCCCAUUUUCAAGCCUUCCAUUUCUCACUCAUACCGACUCUCGGAUUCCUUUUUCUCUCCCAAUUUUCCAAACAAAGGGUCAAUUACAAUGACAAGGACAUUUAUUUGUUCUGUUCAAACAUCGGAAUUCAAUUCACUUAGACCAGAGGUGUCCUUUUGUGUUGGAACUCACCUCAUUCCACACCCCAAAAAGGUUGACAAGGGUGGGGAAGAUGCUUUCUGUGUGAGCAGCUACAAUGGAGGAGUCAUUGCUGUUGCUGAUGGUGUUUCUGGGUACACAGAUUUAAUUUUAAAGAAGUGGGCAGAACAGAAUGUGAAUCCUGCAUUAUUCCCUCAGGAACUGAUGGCUAAUGCUUCAUGUUUAGUUGGGGAUGAAGAGGUUAACUAUGAUCCUCAAAUUCUUUUAAGGAAAGCACAUGCCGCUACCUCUUCAAAAGGUUCAGCUACUGUAAUUGUUGCCAUGCUGGAGAGGAAUGGAAUUCUGAAGAUUGCCAAUGUUGGAGAUUGUGGGCUAAAAGUUAUUCGUAAAGGUCAAAUAAUCUUUUCCUCGUCUCCACAAGAACAUUACUUCGACUGCCCAUACCAGUUGAGCUCUGAGGCAGUUGGUCAGACAUACCUUGAUGCCACGGUUAGCAGUGUGGAGUUAAUGGAGGGAGAUUCCGUUGUGAUGGGCUCAGAUGGGCUUUUCGAUAAUGUUUUUGACCAUGAAAUUGUUUCAACAUUGGCCAGAUACAGUGAUGUUUUUGAGACGGCAAAUGCAUUAGCUAAUCUGGCUCACAAUCACUCUAUGGAUUCCAACUUUGAUUCCCCCUAUAUAUUGGAGGCCAGAACCAGGGGUUAUGAUGUUCCUCUGUGGAAGAAAAUUCUGGGGAUGAAGUUAACAGGUGGAAAGCUAGAUGAUAUUACUGUGAUUGUUGGUCGGGUGAUUGGUCGUGAAACUUCUGGAUCUCUUAAAUGAAGUUGGACCUAAAAUGGUUAAGUUGAAGGGCGAGCAACUGGUUAUACUGAUUUAUUUUUUCUUCAUGACAUUUUAUGUUUUAAAUUAAAGGUCUCUUUUCAAACAGUGUGUAACUAACACCAGCAAUGUGGAUCUCCCUUCUCAAUUCUGUUUUUACCUCAGUAGACAACUAAUGAAUGUGAUCAUCCAAGUGGUCCAUUGUAUGCAUUUUUUGGGUGAAAAUGCUGGCCGAAAGUUUGUGUACCUUUAAUCUUCAAGCAAUGAGCAUACAAUUGUUCUGAACA